AAUAGAAUAUGAUGAUCUUUCUUCCUCCUCUGGUUUGCCUCCACAUCAGACACCGCUGUCUUCCUCUCUCCCUCUUUUUCCAGAGAAACAAACCACCCAAUUUACCCAAACCAAAUCUCUCUCUCACAUACCACACCCAUCUCUCCACAUAUAAAAGCUCUAUCCUUGUUGGAUUUUCCUAAAUCUAAAUCUAAAUCUAAAUCUAUCUCCUUCUUCUUCUCUGUUUCUUUGAAUCAAAAGAUUGCUCUGUUUUACCCAAAAGAAAAGAAAAAGAUUGCUCCGUUUGUGACUAUGGGUGGUGGCUUCUCGUUCUUUAAGGUGGACCCAGUUGGGUCUUUGCCUCUGCAAUCAAAGUCGGGUCUUGGGGAUUUGCCGGAGAGCUGUGCGGCGGAGAUUAUGAGGUACUUGGACCCGCCGGAGAUUUGCAAGCUGGCCAAGAUGAAUCGGGCUUUUCGUGGGGCUUCCUGGGCCGAUUUUAUAUGGGAGUCGAAAUUGCCUAGUAAUUAUCAGAUUAUUGUGAACAAAGUGUUUGGUGAUGGGUUGGGAAAUUUGGGGAAAAGAGAUGUGUAUGAGAGGCUUUGUAGGCCUAACCCGUUUGAUGGGGGAGCCAAGACGGUUUGGCUGGAUAAGCGCACAGGAUCUGCUUGCUUGUCCAUUUCGUCAAAGGGAUUAGCAAUUACUGGAAUCGAUGAUCGAAGAUAUUGGAAUCAUAUUCCUACCGAAGAAUCUAGAUUUAGAACUGUUGCAUAUCUUCAGCAAAUAUGGUGGUUUGAGGUAGAUGGGGAGGUCGAGUUCCCAUUUCCAGCCGGGAAAUACAGCUUGUAUUUUAGGCUGCAGCUGGGACGCUCUUCUCAGAAGAGGUUUGGUCGCCGUGUUUGCAACACUGAGCAUGUCCAUGGCUGGGACAGAAAACCAGUGAGGUUCCAACUAUGGACUUCAGAAGGUCAGUCUGCCUCAUCCGAGUGCUUUUUAACUGAACCUGGGAAAUGGAAUCACUACCAUGCUGGGGACUUUGUUGUGGAAAACCCAAAUGCAGUAACAAAGAUUAAACUCUCGAUGACCCAGAUUGAUUGUACACACACCAAAGGCGGUCUCUGUUUAGACUCUGUAGUUAUAUACCCUAGUGAAUUUAGAGAAAGGUUGAAGCAGUUUUAGUUUGCGCUUUGCCUUGCGGAUAGGAAGUUCUGUAUCAUAUAGAGAUAGUCUAUCUUCAAAAGGAAGCAAAUUUAGUGAGUGCUUCUUUUGAACCCUCAGUAUGUAAGCGAAGAAAUGUGUACAUCCAUGUAUCUCUUUGUUUAAGUGUUAAUUGGUUUAUUUGAUGACUAUUAAGAUUUUGUAA